AUGCGGACACCACCGCCGCCACCGCUGCUGCCGCCGCCGUACGCCUCCCGCGGCAGCCCGCUCGCCGCGCCGUGCCGCCGGCCGCACCUCCGGAGGCGGACAGGCAAACCCGCCCGGCUCCUCGCCCUCCGCCUCCCGGCAGCCCCCACCUGCCGGCCCGGCGCCGGCGCCACCGCCGCCCGCUCUGCCCCCGCGGUGCCUGGCGGCCGCACCUGCUCCCACCACGCCGCCGGCCCGGCCCGGCCCGGCCCCCCCCGCCAGGGACCCGCCGCCGCCGGGGGCGGGACGGCGCCGCGGGGCGGGGAGGGCGCGGGGCGGCUUCGCGGGGGCUCCGCGCCGCCCCGCGGCCGCGCUGCGCUCCGGCGGGCCGGGGCAGGUAGGGCGGCGGAGCGGGCAGGGCGAGGGCUGGGGGACGAGGAGGAGGCGGAGGCGGCGGCCGCGGCCGUGGCAGCGACGGCGGAGACGGCGGAGACGGCGACGGCGGCGCUCCCGCUCCACAGCGCGCUGGGUCCGUAUCAAUUAUUUACACGGUAUAUGUGCCUUUAA